AUGGGCGAAAGAUACAAUAUCCACAGUCAGUUAGAACAUUUGCAAAGCAAAUACAUUGGAACUGGUCACGCCGACACUACAAAAUAUGAGUGGUUGACGAAUCAGCACAGAGAUUCAUGUUGCAGUUAUAUGGGCCACCCCGAUCUGCUGAGUUACUUUGCAAUUGUAGAAAACGAAUCUAAAGCUAGAGUUAAAUUCAAUUUGAUGGAAAGAAUGUUACAACCCUGUGGACCACCCCCAGAAAAGCCAGAAGAU